CGCGGUUGCCGGGGGCGGAGCCGCGAGCUCCGGGUCAGGUGCCGAGGCCGCGCGCGUCGCGGCGGCGGUUGCCGGGCGACGGGCAGUCUCCGCGCAGCGCCCCCGGCCCCGUCCGGCCUACAGGAUAUGAAGUAAUGAAACAAGAAAUUGCACUAUGAGCAUCUGCAUCAAUCAAGAUAAACAGAGGUGAAUGGCUGUGACUAGUGAAUGGAAAUCUGUAGGAGAGGGAUGGGAAAUGAAAGAUGCAGAACAGCAGUGGCAUUGGAAGAAAAGCAUUAAGUAUUGCUUCACAGCGGAGAACAGAGGAAAACUGCAGAUGUGCCUUCAGCAGAGAGAAAAGGUUUUUCUCUAGUCUAGCCUCUUGUUGUUACAACGUUUCCAGCUGUGGUAUUUCCUUGCUGCCAAGUAGUGCAUAUUGAGAUGAACCUGAAGUGGAAUCCUGGCAGAGUUUGUUGUCCAGCCUCAGCUGCAGUCCGGGUGGCUGAUAUGAGUUGGCAAGGCAACCUAAAUCCCAGUCCACUGAUUAAAGAUGACAGAGAGCUACUUAUGGAUGAAUACCUUUCCCCCAGGAAACUGAAAGUUUUGACAGGGGUAGAUGAUCUGCAGCAAGUGAAGGCCCUAGAGAUGCAAGUAGAUACAAGAGAGAACAGCUUGGGAAACUUUGGUGCCUAUCUACCUAAUCUGAAAGAAUUGAAGUUGAACAAUAGCUUGCUUGUGUCUGUGAGGGAUCUUGGAACCACAUUGUCCCAUCUCCAUGUCCUGUGGAUGGCUUGCUGUGGGCUCUCGGAUUUAGAUGGGAUCUCUUCCUGCAGCUCUCUAAAAGAACUCUACAUAGCCUAUAACAAUAUCUCUGACCUGAGCCAGCUGACCUGGUUGGAUCACCUUGAGGUUUUGGACCUGGAAGGGAACAAUAUCGAGGACAUCAACCAGAUGCAGUACCUGGGACUUUGUUGUAAGCUGAGCCACCUGACAGUGGAGGGCAACCUUAUUUGUCUGAAGCCAAAUGCAGAAUCUGCAGAGGAGCCAGAUUAUAAUUACAGAGCUGAAGUAAAAAAACUCAUUCCCCACUUGGAGUAUUUGGACGAAAUACCAGCAAGCCAGACUGCUCUCCUUCCUUCCAGGAAGAUGCAUGAGGAUUGGCUAAUCAUCAAGGAAUCCAUCAAGGAAGAUGUUUUAGCUGGAGACAUUUCAUGGUUAGAUCCCUGUCUUGGGGCAGUAGCAAGGCAGUCUGGAUAUGGCCCAAGACCCCCAACAUCUUCCAGACCUGGAACUGUGCAGUGGUCUGCUAGUGCGGGGAGAUCUAGCAACGCCCACCUGUUGUACAGUGGCUAUCCUCUUCCAGAUCCCACUGUUUCUGAUGAGCUGUUCCCAGAAGAUGACUCCAGUGAUUUGACACAUGGACUCAGUCAAGUUAUAUGUGGGAACCCCACCAAGGCCCUUUGUGCAAGGAGGCAAAAGCUAGGUCCACCUGCAGUGAGCGCUUUGAAACUGUGCAGUCUCAGGAUGGAAAACUUUUAUGGCUCUGGAGGAGGAGGAGCUCUGCACCAAGAAGAUGUGUUUUCUGAACUGAGAGUCCAGAGAGCGCAGUGCAAGCGGUGCCUGCAAACAGAUCAGCAAGAAGAGGCCACCCAAGCACUGAAGUUAACUCUUAGUCAUGAGGAAGAGGGUGAAGACUGCAGCCUGACUGACAGCUGUGAAGAUGAGUUGAGGGAGAGCUGUGAUGAGGACCUCAUUGAAAGGCUUUCUCUUGAUUCUUCUUGCCAGUCCUGUCUCUCACAGUAUUCCUCAGGUUCAUCACAGGCUCAGGAAAGUGCAUUGUCCUCCAAACCGAACCGUUGUCUAAUUCCAUCUCCUCCAAAAAGCCCUUCGCCUGCAUCUGUAAUGGGUGUUGCAGCAAGACCCUGGAAAACAAGGAUAAGACACCUAAAAAUAACCAGCCAAGAGGAGGAUAGGCAGUGGACACAGCAAUGCCAGUCAAGGGUUCAUCAAGAAACUUCAGCCUACCCUCUGGGCAAGGAACUUGCUCUCCUGAACCAGCACAGCAUGCCAGCUGCCUCCAGAUCCCAAGGGCAGCACCAGCCUGCUGGGACCACCAGCCAGCGAAGGCCUAUUUCAGGACCAGCAGCUGUUGGAUCAACAAGCAUCAGGCCCAUGAUGGAUGAGAGCCCUCCUGGAGAGAUCAACCACCACCAGUCAGCUGUCCGUUCGUCCACAAAAGCCUUGGAGAGAUUUGGGCUGAUGAAUACUGCUUGGCCCCUGACUGCCAAGGCCAUACUGCAGUCAUUGCCAGACAGACCCACUGCCUCAACAACAUCUCAGAACAAAAGUUCCUGGUCCUAGAAGAUACCCAGUUGGCAGUAUGUGUUGGGAGCCAUGCACACAGCACAGUCUUGAAGGAUCAAUGCUAUCUUUCUUCUUCUUCCACAAGCUAAACGCAGAGCUGUGCAAGUAGAGUUGUUCAAACAAAUGGCAUGAUUUGCCUCAAUUAAGGCUACAGCUGGUCCAGAAAUGCUUUCUUUAAAAAGCACCCACUGAUCAACAGAAGAGCUAAUCAACCUCUGAUUACAGAAAAACGUGGUUAUUUUUGCAGCCUUCAUACACUAAAACAGAACAAGUCCUAAUGUAUUUCUUCUCAUCCACACCAUGCCCUGCCCUAUGAGUCAGGCAGGAGCACUGAACCAAGCAGAGCAUGGAGCCUGCAGUUUGUGGAGUGGGCUGGAGGAGGUGAGGGACACCGGGCAUUCCCUCUCACGCUCAGCCGUCUGACCUAGCAGCAGCCCUGUGGUGUAUCUGUUGCAGUCCUGGAUGUUUAACAUGCAAGGGACAAAGCCAAGGACUUGAGAGGAAGCGUUGACUGGAGCGGGUUGUAAGGGAGGGAUGCAUUGCCUGAGGAAGAGCCCAGGAAGGCUGGGUGGUUUCAGAGCUGAUGCCCCUACAGGAGCUCACCCCGUUCACAGGCAUCUGAGGUUCUUUUUGCCUGUAUUGGAACGAAUGCUGACCAAGUGGCUCAUCCCAAUAUUAACAUGUUUGUUUGCUCUGUAGCUAACUGGAAGGAUUUAUCCCACUUCUUAUGGAUAGACAUUGCAUACCAGAAUUCCAUUAGCAGAGCUGACCUCUGUAAGCAGGUGUCGGAAGAUCCCCUGCAUGUGCCUUAGAGUCAGGCAUCCCACUUCUAGUUUUUUUAGAUCAAAUAGACUUCUGAAUUUCAUAUGACUGAAUAAUUUUCAGUAAUGCUGCAGCAAAGACAAGGCGGGGAAGUUAGGGAAUAAUCUCCUGUUUUUUCAGUGAGGCAUUUGCUUUAUAUUCGGGUGUGAUUCAAAACAUCUGUUUUAGUGACUGCAGACUGUGAGAUGCUGAUCCAAAUGACUGUGCCUUACAACUUUAUUGAUGUUGCAGUCUGAAACCAAGCAUCAUCAUAUUUUUUUUCCAGUUUAAAUUACUAUGUUAGGUAUAUAUUUUAAAUCAGUUGAUAAAACAGUAAUUGCAUGAUGACUUAAUUAAUUGGUUUAUAUCUUCUUUCUACUGGUCAGCUUAACGUAGAGGAGCAGAAUAAUAGAGAAAGCCACAAAACUUUGGUUCAUUGUGGUGAUACUUGCACCACUUCCUCCUACAAAAUAGUCCAGAGCUUGAAGCUAUUUUUGCAGUUUUAGUACGUCCUAGAGGAAAUCAUCCACCAAAAAUCAUUAAAAACUAUGUGGCAUGUGAUUUUGUGCAAUACUAUGUAUGCAGGCAGGGUUUCCCAUCAGCUGUCACCCAGCAACAGUGCUUGUGUCCUUAAACGGGCUCCUAAAAUUGACUUUUUUCCAGUGUCACUGACCGUGACCAUCACCAAAAAAAAAAAUCUGACCUUGUAAAAAAAAGAAGAAAAUGGCAGCAUAGUUUUCAGAAAUGCUGUGCACCCUCCCUGCCUGCUUGAAGCCUGCAGCCCUUGCUGGCACUCAGCACUGUUGACAAUCAGGCCCUUCUCUAUAGCCAGGGUUGUAUCAGUGGGUGAUGGAUAGGACUGUCUUCUCCAAAUAUUCAAAGCCUCCUUCUCGAUUUGCAUCUUUGGUUUCAAAAGGGAAGAGGGGGAAAAAAAGCAUAACUGAGUUUUUGUGUGUGGAAACUGGGGCAACUAGAUAGGUCUGCACAUGUGCAUCUGCAGAUGCAAAACUCUGGGUAUGGAUCUGGAAAAUACUCUCAAAAGCAUCUGUGAGCUUGUGUUGCAGCAAACAUAAUUUGGCUGUGUAUGUGCUUGGGGCAAGGAGCUUCUCUGGUGGAGGAAAGGGCUUGGAGAAAUGAAAAAAAGCUCUGCCCUCUUGUGUGGGAAGUAAGAAUCACUGAGGACUUCCUCAAAACCAUUUAACUCAGGGUUUCCUGUUUUAACUUCCCUUCGUGUACCCCGGUGAUAACUCUCGGGUGCAGGCAGUGUGUGACCUUCAAAACAACCACCCCUUACUGACCAACUCUGCCCCUCUGAUGGCCUAACUAGGCAGUCACAUGCCGUGUAGUGGCAUGGCAUGUAUGUUCAGAGACAGGAGAAGGUGUCCACUCUAUUGAUCACUGCAUCAGCUGGUGACCCAGCACCUUCUCAGGUGUGUAUCAGUAGGGAUGGGUAUGUGAGUUGGGCUUGAAGCCAUGUGCCCUUGUGUCCCGGCAGUGCCACCGUGAGGAUUUAGUGUCCAGAGCUGACUGGAAGGCCUGAGGAGCGAAGCAGUCGUCGUGAGCACUGUGGCUUUAGUGGCACUGUCCUGCAGCAGAAAGCAGUUAUGCCAGGAGCUGGGGGCCCUGGGGCACUUGCAGGGCAACAUCUUGAUGCCACUCUCCUCAUUUGAACCUUUGGGUUAUGUGCAGGAAAGCAAAAGCUCUGGUCUCAGAUGGACCUUGUGGGCAGGACGCCCUAUGCUUAUCUGGGAGGCAUGCUCAGUCUCGAGCUGCACUGCUGACUGCGUGCCCACAGCACAGGGCAGGAGGCCAGAGGAGGAUGCUCCCAUGCGAAGCAAAGUGGCAACACUUAGUUCUUAGGUGUUUCUUUCCCAAGGUGGAUCUCCGGCUGUGUUACCCAGCAGGACAGAGACUGGUUUCACACAUACAGAGAGGAAGGCAAAACAACUUGGCAGGAGAACAGCGGCACCAGUAGGAAUCUGACUUCCCUCCAUCAUGCACACAUCUUGUUCAUAUGGUUUUGGCAGAGGGAGUGGAGGAAGACUAAUUAGAUCUCAGCACAUGAAAGCUUAGCAGGUAACAGAGCCAAGCAUUGGUGGGCAGCUCUCUGAGACGCAUGAGGUUUUUGCGUGCCACUUUUGUUGUGUCCUUUCUGGGUGAUCUGACCUGCCGAGUGGUACGUGCAAGAGUAUGUGCUCUGAAGCUAAAUGCGUAACGAGACCCAGUGACAGGCUGUUGUGCAUGGAGCAGCGGGGAGGCUUGUUAAGAAGCAAUCUUGCAAUCACAGCCCGACCUAACAGGGAAGAAGAGCUGGUAGUCUUCUCUGCCGGUGGUGGGUGCACCUCAAGGUUUCCCAGAGCUGCCACGUUGUUUUCUGUCAAAGUUUCCAGGACAAGCAAAAUAAACGGCUGUUGCAGAUGAGAUCUACACAGCUAUCACAGAUCCUCAAAGGAAAGCCUCUGCUCGUCCACUUUCUGCCUUUUUCAUCUAGAAAAUGUAAAAGCCAGCCAGGGCUUUAAUAGGCUAAUUGGGAAAUGUCAGACAUGAUGGGCUACCCAUGAAUUUGAUUCUCUUGGCCCAAAAGGGAAAUAUACGGGGAGUUUCAUCAUGGGUUCUCUUGUUGCUCUUUCCUCUGUUAAAAUCCUGCAUUGGUCCCUUAAAUAUGGACAAAGUCAUUUAAUGAAUGAGCUUAUUCCCAUUCCUGCCUUUGCAGACUCUAUUAAUAUUUAUCUUGGUAGGAUCCUUGUUUCCAGUUGGAUGCAACCAGUUUCGGAUGUACAUUACCAGGGUCCAUCCCCCCAUUCUUGUAAUGGGCCAGGAUCUGCUGAUGCCUUUAAGAAUCUCACUGCCUUAAUGGGAUUUGCUGCCAGCUGCCAAAUUGAUAUCUAGUGUGUAAGCAGGAAGAGAGGCAAGAACUGCUACCCCCUCACCUAUUAAUAAAUAAGUGCCACAGGGAAGGGUUUUCUGCUGGAAGCUAAGUCUCAUCAGUGCACGCUGCUAAGGGAGGGAGUCAGCUGGGGGCAGCUGCCAUGGAGGGAGUAGGGCUUAGAGCAAAGGGAUUUGGCCCAAAGCGACAAUCCUUCAGCGUCAGCAGAAGCAUGGUCCAUCCAGGAGGCCUCUCAGCAUCACUUAGCUGGUGUCCCACAAGCAGCUCUGCUGGAGUGGCUGGUGCUGCCCUGCCUCCUGAAAGGCUCUGCUCAGCUAGAGCUUUAAAAAAUAAUUGGAGAAAGAAAUGGGGAGCUGCGUGCCAGCCAGCCAGUUAUUUCAGUGUCUAAAAAUCCUACCUCCUCCUGAAGGGAGCAUGUCCAGGAUGGCAUCCCACCCAAACAAAUGGGUCCUGACAAGUGAAGGUGGCUCCUGCUCAGACUUGGAUUAUGUUCUGCACCUCCCAGCUCUGCAGAGUCCAGCUUGUCACAGGGUCCUUAGCGUCCCAUCUGGGGACAGGCUAGCCCUGUUCAGUGUCCCCAUCGCAGUUGCGUGCACAGCCCACCUCCUGCACAGAGCUUAUGGCUGUUGUGCUUGUUACCGAGGCUGUUACUUACAUUGAAGGCUUGGGGUUUCUUUGCACUUCGAACAAAUUCAUCUUCAUUGUUAGAUGAAGAGGAGAUACUUUCUUUGGCUGCCAAGGAGGAGAAAGUACAGGAGACGUUCGGGAGGAUAGUCUCAUACACACCUCCUCUUCAAAUACGUACAAAUGACAGGUCAGCUCAGGAUCAUUUCCUACAUGGUUCCUUGGCUUGCCACCGCAUUCAGAGCCUGACAUGCUCGGGCUCAUUGCCAUGGGCAGUGUCUGCACCCAUGGUAGGACAUGGACAUCUCUGGGUAUGAUUAGUCAGAUGGUUCAUGCUCCAGUAGUGCCAGUCUCUCCAUUGAUAAAACAGGGGUUUGAGAUCACUUAGAUGUCUGCUUGGUACCAUCCAAUGCCAAGUGAGAUGCAGCCUGCCCUGCGAUAGCUUUCUCAGUAUGCCAGAGUAUCCUGGCCAUGUUUC